AUGGAGGCUUCAAACGGUCCCUUAAGCGGCCCCAACAAAGGCUUCAAUGGCCUACUCCGGACAUCGAAUUGCAAUUCUAAAAGGGUCGCCGGUCAAAGUGAAAUCAAGCCCAAACCUGUCCAACAAUGCGAUUCACAAAUUCAAUGCAACCUGUCCAAUAAUAGAGUGCUUCCGAAAGGCACUCCAAAUCGGAAUAACUCCCAAAACAUUCCUGGCACCGAAAAAAAAGCGGACAAGGGAAGAAAUAAAGUGCCACGUCCACAAGAUAAGUACAUGCAGUACAUCAAGCCAACUUAUGCAUCAUUGACUAUUAGAACAAAAACCCGUUUUCUUUGUGACUAUCACCAUGAAAUAGCCAAAGACAAUUACGCGAAUGACGAGAAUGAGGACAUGGAUGAUUUAACGAGCCACAUUUACGUCACCUAUCGUGCCGGAUCGAGUUACCGUCUUUCUUUUCUGGCCGAAAACAUCACCAUGGAACCGUUGUUUAUAUUCCCGAGGAGUACUCCACCUAGCAAGAAUGAGAAAAUUAGUCAGAUUAAGUCGCGAAUGAGAGUUGCUGAUGACCCAGUUAUGGUGGAUUGCGUGGCUCUCAAGCGACCAAAAUAUAGCUUGGAUGAGAGCACUGAGGCCGACAAGGUGCCACUUCCGCAAGUUCAGGUAUACACGACCACCCACUUGAACCCUAACAAAGGUAAAAACAGCAUUAGCCGUCCAACUAGGUCCAGUACAACGGGAUUCAUCUGCCUGAAACUUGAUGAUUUAUUUAUGAAGGUACGUGUUGAACCGCUUCCAAUAACAAAGAUUCGACCACCCAUCACAAAGGAGGUUAAAUCCACUAUGGAGAGAUUACGGAUGCCCUGUUCUGAGGAGUUUAAGAAUAAGGCUCAGCUGCUGGUUCGAUUCAGAAAUGACAUUCUACGGAUCAAAUUUGACCUCUCCGAUUGCAAUGUCUCCAAGCUGCCUGAAUGCAAGUCGUUGGCUGUCCAAACAGACACACGCAUGAUUAUCCGUCAGCGGUGGAGCCCUUUCACCAAUCAACUCGUCAACCUCCAAAUUCCAGAAACCACCUACAUCUACAAUGACCCCAUGAUUGACAUCCGCAGGCUCAACCGCUACUUUGCAAAGCUCCAAAUUUUCCCGCUUUGGAAGUACGAGAUGUUUCAAAAACGGGUGUCACAAAUGCGUGUAAAUAACACGAUGGAGGGGGAGAUCAGAAAGGUGAUUGGACGCAAUCGGGGUUCGUUUAUUGUUUUCGACGGAUUUGACGCCAUCGCCACUGCCUCGGGUGGUUUACUGUGCGCCAGAGUAGUGAAGGGGCGCGAGUAUUAUGAGGAGAAGAUUCGACAUUUUCUGGGGAUUCAAGAGGAGGUCGAAGCAGACGAAGACGGGGCACUGGAAGAAAAAGAGGCUCAAAAUGAGGAAGGAUUUUGGGAGGGUGAGGAAGCUGAGGAGACGUUACAAAAUAUUAACAUGCCAUCCAGCUUUGCCGCAUAG